ACCGCGGGCCUUUCCAUGCAGUGUUGAAGCUCUCCAUGCCGUUCUCCCAAUCGACAGUGUGGGUUAAGUUCCAUCACUCGUGCCAUAAACCUUUCCUUCUCCUCGAAACCUUUGGUUAAGGCUCUACAGGUACUGCAUUCACAAUGCAGGCCUGUCAGCCAACCACCCUCGCGCUUCGCGCAGCUCGAACUGCUCGAUCGAAAGGCAUCCAAAGCCGAAACGUCCACCUUCAAGAUGUCGCAAUCACGCGAACUGGGAAACCAAUUCUAAGAUUAACAGGAGGAAGAUCAUCACUAGGAGGCCAUACUAUAACAGUAUUUGGGGCCAAUGGAUUCCUGGGCAGGUACAUUGUGCACCGGCUUGCGAGAAGAGGCAAUCAAGUCGUUAUCCCGUACAGAGACGACAUGGGCAAACGCCAUCUCAAGCCCACCGGAGACCUUGGAAGAGUUCAAUUCCUGGAAUUCGAUCUUAGAAACACACAGUCCAUCGAAGAGAGCGUGCGACAUUCAGACAUAGUCUUCAACCUGAUUGGCAAGAACUAUCCCACCAAGAACUUCAGUCUACAUGAUGUGAAUGUGGAGAGCGUGGAAAGAAUAGCAGAAGCUUGCGCUAAAUACGAUGUCGACCGAUUUAUACACAUGUCCUCGUACAAUGUGGACCCCAACUCUGAAUCAGAGUUCUUCAGGACAAAGGCUCAAGGAGAAAAGGUUGCUAGGCAGUUAUUCCCUGAGACCACGAUCGUCCGACCAGCUCCCUGCUUCGGCUUUGAGGACAAGCUGCUGCAUCGCCUGGCAGGUGUGAACAACUUUCUGAGUGUCAACAACAUGCAGGAGCGGUUCUGGCCCGUUCAUGCCAUUGAUGUUGGCGAUGCACUUGAGAGAAUUGGUUAUGACGAUACCACCGCCGGAGAGACUUUCGAACUGUACGGACCAACGAAUUUUAGCAUGGCAGAAAUUGCCGAAGUCGUCGACCGGGAAAUCAUCAAACAGCGAAGGCACAUCAACUUGCCCAAAUGGUUGCUCAAGCCUGUCCUGCACUAUCUGAACAAGCUCAUCUGGUGGGAAAUCAUGACGGCCGACCAACUGGAGCAAGAAUGCAUCGACCAGAAGAUUGACCCCAGUGCGAAGACGUUUAAGGAUCUCGGCAUAGAGCCUGCUGACCUCAGAGAUCUGACGUAUCAGUAUUUGCAGGAUUAUCGGAGCAGCAGUUUCUAUGAUCUGCCGCCGGCCACAGCGAGAGAAAAGCAAGAGUCGAAGAAGUACUUGCAUGUCAUUGAUGAUCAGUAGAUUGACUUCAUGGACGCUUGGCGGGAUUAGUUGAGGUCUAGAGACCUCUUGUUUGUACAUACAUGUACCUAUCUUGGUGCUGCAAUGGAAGAAGCAUUCAAGCAUUCACAAAGCUCCAAUUAGUGGUGCCUCGCUGUUACUAUGACAUUCAGUAAUUGGCUAACGCAGAUGGA